AUGGAGAAAAAUGAAACAAUUUUAAGUGACAUUUUGGAGAUCCAAGGGUUAGACACAUCUCCCAAGUUCAUAUAUCCCGUGUUUUUCCUACUCCUGUUUGUUUAUUCCUCCCUUCUCUUUUCUAACUUUGGUGUCCUCGCCCUCAUCAUCACUGAGAAGAGCUUGCACCAGCCGAUGUACUUUCUCUUUUGUAACCUGUCUGUCAAUGACCUGAUCGGUAACACGGUCCUGCUGCCUCAGCUGAUGGCUCACAUCCUUUCAACGGAGCAUUUUGUCACCUACAACCAGUGUGUGAUUCAAGCUUUUCAGAGUCACACAUUUGGAUCAGCAUCACAUAUGAUUCUCAUUAUCAUGGCAAUUGACAGAUAUGUGGCGAUAUGUCACCCCCUGAGAUACAGCUCAAUUAUCACCAACAGAAUGGUGAUUGGGCUGUCUGCAACUGCAUGGGGGGUGUCCUUAGUGCUUGUAUCUGUGCUGAUAGGUCUCACAGUCAGGCUGUCCCGUUGUAGAUCUGUUAUACAAAAUGCUUACUGUGACAAUGCAACCCUGUUCAAGCUUUCCUGUGAGGAUGUGUCCAUCAACAACAUCUAUGGACUCUUUUUCACUGUGCUACUGUUUUCUUGCUCCAUCGGAGGCAUUGUUGUGACAUAUUUUAGAAUAGCUCUCAUAUGCUGGAGAAAGAAAAACAAAUAGAUGAACAACAGAGCACUGCAAACCUGUACGAGCCACCUUGUUCUUUAUCUUAUCAUGCUGUGGUCAGGGUUUUUAACCAUCAUAUUGCAUCGUUUCCCAAAUUAUCCAGAUUUAAGGAAGAUUGCACAUGUUUUAUUUCAUGUCGUCCCUGCUAAUUUAAAUCCAAUUAUUUAUGGAAUGCAAACAAAAUCAUUGCGGGACAAAAUUACUCAAAUACUGCAACGAAAGGUGUUUUCUUCUUAA